AUGUCUCUUCUUGUCGAUUCGAACAAUAGACCCAGGCAUACAUUGAGAGCCCUGUGGGACGUUGCCCAGAUGGAGGACGCGUCAGAGUGGGAGGUUCUCUCAUUCUGGCGGUAUCUCCUGAGCAAGCACGCAUUCGAAGAAGAGUACUGGAUCGUCGACCAUGGUAUACGCUAUGUCGAACAAGGAAACGAAAACAGAAUCGCGGUUCUCCUCUGGCACGAAGCAAAAAGGGGCGAGUCAAUGAGUGAGCAGAAAGAAUGCGAAGAUCAAGCCCUUCAAGCUUGUCAAGAAUAUCUCCAACGGCACGCAUGGCAAACCGAGCUCUACGCAAUGACCACACUUAGGACAAAGGCCAAGAUAUGGUCAUAUGACAAGAUAGCACAAGUAUUGGUUGCUCUGUACGAUGAUCAUUACGUUGAAGCAAAUUCAAGCGAGGGUAUCCAACUCAAGAUGUGUUUCGAAAGAACUAAAACCUACGCCAGUCGCAUGGCCCAAACUUGCAUCUUGAAAUGA